ACGAAAGCAAAGAUAGACAAAAGGACUAUGGAGACUGAAAACAAUACGGCAGUGACAGAGUUCAUCAUUUUGGGAUUAACAGACAAUCGCACACUAUGUGCCAUCCUCUUUGUGGUUUUCCUAGCAGUGUAUGCAGUGACCAUAGUGGGGAAUAUCAGCAUAAUCCUGUUAAUCCGAAGCAGCCCGCAGCUUCACACCCCAAUGUACCUCUUCCUCAGCCAUUUGGCCUUUGUGGACAUAGGAUAUUCCACGUCAGUUACACCAAUAAUGCUCAUCAGUUUCUUAAGAGAAAAAACUACUAUCCCUCUCAUGGGCUGCAUAGCCCAGCUCGGCUCAGAUGUCACUUUUGGGACGACAGAAUGCUUUCUCCUGGCCACCAUGGCCUAUGACCGAUAUGUAGCCAUCUGUUCUCCCCUGCUCUACUCCACCCAGAUGUCCCCACUGGUCUGCUUCCUUCUAUUGGGGGCAUCCUACCUAGGUGGUUGCAUGAAUGCAUCAUCAUUUACAGGCUGUUUGAUGAACCUGUCCUUCUGUGGCCCAAAUAAAAUCAACCACUUUUUCUGUGACCUCUUCCCACUCCUGAAGCUUUCUUGUGGCCAUGUUUACAUCGCUGAGAUUUCUCCUGCCAUCUCUUCUGCCUCUGUUCUGAUAAGCACAUUGUUUACCAUAAUUGUGUCCUACAUAUACAUCCUCCACUCCAUCGUGAAGAUGCGCUCCACCGAGGGAAGGAACAAGGCUUUCUCUACCUGCACUUCUCACCUCACUGCAGUCACUCUGUUUUAUGGGACAGUUUUGUUUGUGUAUGUAAUGCCCAAGUCAAGCUAUUCAGCUGGUCAGGUCAAAGUGGCCUCUGUGAUCUACACAGUGGUGAUCCCCAUGUUGAAUCCUCUCAUCUAUAGUCUGAGGAACAAGGAAGUGAAAGAGGCCAUGAGAAAAUUGAUGGCUAGAACACAUUGGUUUUCUUGA